AUGGAGAUUGCCUACCCCUACGGCGGGGAGCUCACCAGGAAGCACGGCUCCGUGACAGGCCAGCCGUUUGCCGCCAAGAUCGACAUCAUGUCCGGCCAGAAGCGCGCGAGGGAGAUGCAGAUCCUUCGGCAGCGGUUCCAAGCAGAGCUCGUCGCCGUCCGUGGCCUCCUCCACAAGGCGGCCGCCGUGCUAAUUCCCGCCUCGUCCCCGUUGGCUCCCCGCGUUAAGGAGAGUCGUCCAGGGUUCUUGGCCGAGGAGCCGCCGGCCAAGAAGAGGAAGGCGUCUCCUCCCGUUCCUGUGAUCAAUCGCAAGAAGGCGCCAACGAAGAAGAAGAUGACGGCCUCUGAGAGGGAGAUGCUCGCGGAAGACCUGGAGCUGUUCGUUGCGGAAAUCCCCGAUCACAUCGUCCAGCUCUUGCAGAAGCACAGCUGCGCCACCCGCCCCGGCGAAAUCGAGAUGGACCUCCACGCGUUGGACGACGCUGCUGCUGUCGAGUUACAGGAGCAGGUUGACAAGUUCGCUCGAGAGAGGAGGUCGGCGAAUCCGUCGCCCCAAGAACGCCACCAAGACGGCCCUGAGGCGAUGAACGAAGAGGAGGACGAAGAAGUUGACAUCUGUGGCGGCGUCUCCCCCUUGGUGAUCGUGCCGCAACCUCUGCUGCAAGAACGCCACCAAGACGGCCCUGAGGCGAUGAACGAAGAGGAGGACGAAGAAGUUGACAUCUGUGGCGGCGUCUCCCCCUUGGUGAUCGUGCCGCAACCUCUGCUGCAAGAACGCCACCAAGACGGCCCUGAGGUGAUGGCCGAAGAGGAAGAGGAGGAAGAAGUUGACAUCUGCGGUGGCGUCUCCCCAUUACCGAUCGUGCCGGCACCUCUGCUGCUCGUCGAAGAUGAAACAGCCAGCGGCAGCCCAAGCUCCAGCAGCAGCAGCAGCAGUUCAGAUACUGAUUCCAGCGACAGCGAUUCAGACACUGAUUCCGGCAGCAGCGACUCGGGUUCAGAGCACUCCGGCGGCAGUGACUCAGAUUCUGAUUCCGACGAGAUCGUCGACAGUCCAGCACCGGCCAUCACGCCUCCAACAUGUGAGCAGCUCGCCCGUGCUCUGGAAAGGCAGCGAAAGGAGGCCACGUCCCGGGCGAGGGAGAAGGCCCGUCAGGAGCUGCUCCACAUGGAGAAGACGGCAAUGCCCGACGAUACUCUACACCGAGAGGAUCUGAAGAGGCUCGGCAUUGAUGAGUACAACACGGCGAAGCCCAGCAACUUGCUGCGGCAGAUUGGGCUCUACCUCAAGGUUGACGAUGAUCGGAAGCAUCAUCAUCAUCAUCAUCAUCAAAUCUUCGAAGAAGACCUAGAGGAAGGCGAGAUUCGGUCGUGA